AGGGAAAGCACGCAGUAGUUGAGGACAUGAGGUAGUCCGCCGUCUCCCACUCUCCCGCGCUUCGUGCUUCGUCGGAGACUCAACGGAGAACCAAAGUUUGCAGGGCGGGAGGAGGAGUCGAAGGUGGCUUAAUCUGCAUGCUAAACGGUAAUCGUUUGGAGUCGGAAAGCUUAAAGAAUGGACGCUGAUUUGGAUCCCUUCGAAGAUGUAUUUGAUGAGCCGGCGGCGCCUCGAGCUCGGCCUGCGGGGAAGUUCCAGCCGAAGAACCGACCUAGGAAGGGAAAGGCUGCCGCAGUCGCUCCUCCAUCUGUUCAUGCCACUGCUGCUGCAAAUAAAUCUACUGAGACGGCCUCAGAUGGCGAUGGCGGCGGUGGUGAUGCUACAUUGGGGGAUUUGGAUUCUUCGUCUAGAAAAGCCGACGCCGCAGAGAUUGUUGACAUUUUUUUUGGGGUUGGACGCCAUCCAUGAUUUAGUUACUCAGCCCCCAAGUGAUCCAGGGGUUUCAGUUCCUUGUACAAAUGAAGGGCUAGCUGGGCCGCAGUCGAGUUCGUUGGUUCAAGAGUCUGUUGAUUCUUCAGAGUUCAGGAGUGACAUGGCAACCAAAGAUCCAGUAGCUGUUGAUAAUGAUGGCGAGAGGUUACUAUCGGAGGCAUCAGGUGGCUUUCCCAACCUAGAAGCAACAAAUGUCUUCUCCGAGUCUGCUGUUGCAUCAGAUGGAGUUGACUCUCUUGUCCCUCCAGAGGAUACAUAUUUAAUUGCAUCUGAGACCAGAUAUGAAAGUGAGAGCUCAUUGCCCGCAGCACAAGGUGAUGCUGUUUCGUAUUACUCGUCCAGGAGCUUCGAUGAUUAUCUACCGUCACCACCUCCUGCUUCUGAGUUUCCUAUGAGUUCAGAACAUACAGAUUCAAGGCAAAUAUUUACCUUGAAUGAGGCAGAUAAAAAUGAUUCUUUGAGGGUUGUACCAGAUUUGGUGGAAAAUGAGGGUCAAGAGAGUAGUGAAAAGAAUGGUUUGGAGCCUGAUCUCUCACGGAAGUCCAAAGCCAACGGCAGAAAUGGUGGGAAGUUGUUGAGAAAGCGAUCAGGCACACGUCAAGCUGUUGACCAACCCGAAAAUGAAGGUUAUGUUGGAAGCAGCUCCCCUGUUGGAGCACCUGGUUUCCCGGUUACAGAUGAAGAGAAUGAUAGUGAAUAUCAGUUGGAUGGGGAUGACAAUAAUGAUAAUGGUGGCGAUGAUGAUUUUGAUGGUGGAGAAAGCACCGACAAAAAGAAGAGAGCUUCUAAAAGGUAAAAGAAAUCAGUUCCAGAUAAAGAAACUGGAGGUCGGAAGCGUAAGAAAGCCAGUGAGACAUCUGAACAGCCGAGCCAGAAACCUCCUAAGAAGUUUGCUCACACAACUCGCCGAAAGAAAAGAUACAGGAAUGAUGAGUUGCUCAAGGUUCCUGAAGAUGAAAUUGAUUUUCGGAGCUUGCCCAUCCGGGAUAUAAUUUUUCUCGGUGAACGUAUAGAACGAUUAGCUACUAAAGAGGCAAAAGCUUUGAAAAGUCGUUCAACAGAUGAAGGCACCAGCACUGCCCAUAAUGUAGUGGAUGAAGCUGAGCUCGAUGAAGAUGGCAACAUAUCAGAUAAUACCCCUUUAUUCAACAGCCACUCUUUCAUGAAUAGGACACGUAAGGUGAGGUGGUCAAAACAAGAGACAGAACUAUUUUACGAGGGAAUCAGACAGUUUGGAACUGAUCUCUCACUGGUACAACAAUUGUUUCCUGGGAGGGAUCGCCGUCAGAUCAAGAAUAAAUUUAAGGCUGAAGAGCGCCGUCAGCCGUUUUUACUUUUUGAAGCUCUGGGAAAUCGUGACAGAGACAGUUCAUAUUUUGAGAGAGUAAUUGAUCAGCUGCAGAAAGCUGCUGCUGAGGCAGGUAGAGAGUUAAAGAGAGACGAGCCAACGGAUGAGGCGGAAGAGGGGGAAGAGGAGGAAGCAGGGAACUCAGAGCUAGAUGAGCCAGCAACAGCAGGUCAUGAUCCUGAAGAAAUCAUUGUUGAUGCCCCUAGUCCGGGGAAGUUUGAGGAGGAAGAGAUUAUUGAAGAUGAAGAUGAUCUAUGGAGCUCAUAUCAAAGUGAAUUUUGAAUAGUAGCAGACUGACAUAAAGUAACUUGUAUUUACUUCUCUGCCUCCUUUUGUUUCUGCUUCCAGCCCAGCCUAGCUCUUAUUGUACAGUAACCUUAAUACUAGUAAGUAUAAAAUUUACUUCUCAGCCUCCUUUUGUUUCUACC